AUGGAGUGCCUUCCUCUCGAGGAGCAGAGAUGGUUUCAUCCUGACCUAACACGUUACGCUGCAGAAGGUCUGUUAAGAAACGAAUGCGAAGGCAGUUUUCUUAUACGUCGGAGCGAGACUAUUCGGACAGACUACUCCCUAAGUAUCAAACAUAGCGGCUUCUUGCACAUGAAGAUUUCUCGGAACCCGAAAGGCCAGUACAUUCUCGGCGAAUAUAGCCAACCUUACUCCAGCAUCCCUCAAAUGAUCUAUCAUUACGCCCGUACCCUUGUUCCCGUGCGCGGCGCCGAUACAGUCACUCUCUGCAACUCUGUUCUACGUCAAUCUCUCUAG